AUGUUCUCCUUCACCUUCUCCAAGUCCUCUUCUAGCUCCGCCCCCGCCCAGCGCAGGUCGCUCGGGUCCAAGGUCGACAAGCAGACGAUCAGCUUCCCGCAAGCGUACGAGUGGCCCGCGUUCCAGCCGCAGCCGCUUGUUCCGAGGCGCGUUCAAGUUCAAGUUCAGGAGCCGGCGCCGGCGCCGCCCGUCCGGGUGGUGCUCGACGACAGGCGGGGCCGGGAGGAGAGCGACUUCAAGGCGCUGGGGGUGCAGCUGAUUUCGUUCCGGGAUGCGAAGUUGCGCACGGAGCUCGUCUACGGCAUUCUCCCCGGAAAGAUGAAGAUGACGAGGACCACGACCGACAAGGCCGACAACGAAGACCUAGGACCCAGGAUUAGGCGUUAG